AAAGCCUGGCUAUUUUAGCAAAAUACUAUCCACUUUCAGUGGUUCCCAAAUACGAAUUUUCUUAUCUGCAUUCCUAACCUUAUAACUAGGAUAAAAGGAACAGAGGAAGCCAAAGUAAUUAUCUCAAACUCAAAGCUGUAACAACCUUUCAUGGGUGAAGCUGUAAUGAGCUUCACAGUCGUCAAACCCGCUAUUCAAUUCCACACUCCUAAAUUAGAGUUGAAUCCUUUCACUAAAUCACUUAGGCAUUGUUCAAGCUCCGCACUUGGAAAUGGCAGGCACCGGAUUCAAGUCGGGCAGAGCAAAAGAAAUUCUUGUUCUAUAGUGAAGGCACUCCCGGAUUGGCCAUUAAUGGCAGUAUUAGUUGAGCAUAUGGAAGGUCAAAGAGACCUCAUAACUCACAAAUCUGUUUGGCACCUUAGUGAUGAAGCCAUGAAGAAUGUUUACACAUUUUACAUCAUGUUCACUGUUUGGGGAUGUUGUUUCUUCGGUUCUACCAAAGAUCCCUACUAUGAUUCAGAACAAUACAGAGGAGAUGGAGGUGAUGGUACUGGACAUUGGGUCUAUGAGAAGCAAGAAGACAUUGAAGAAGCAGCCAGAGCGGAGCUAUGGCGCGAGGAACUGAUAGAGGAGAUUGAACAAAAGGUCGGGGGUCUUCGAGAGCUUGAAGAAGCUAAGAAGGAGGAACAGCUGGUCAAAUGAUCAUCUCCAUAUAGUAUAUAGUUUCAUGUGCUAAGAACAAACUUUAUGAUGCUUCUCAGUUAUGUAUAUACAGUAUGAUUUCCAGUUCCAUAAUACAGACUUCAAGUACAUGCAGAGAAAUUAUCGAGAAGGAAAAUAUGAUUGGUCAUUUGCAA